AUGGCCGCCAACUUUGCCCCCUACCAAGACAUCCCCGAGUCGUCGCGCGCACUGUCGCCGCCCCUGCGCUCGCCUAGAGCGUCCAUCGACCGCUCCCACUCCCGUGCCAUUGCCUCGCCCCCCACACGUGCCCACGCCUACGACCACGACUACUUCCAGGCCCAGCCCCCGCCCUCUCCCCCCGCCGAGCCCGACUCCGCGCGCAUAGCAUGGGACCAGCCCUCGCGCUCCACGGGCUUUGGCCGCUCCCGCGAGGACAUUGACAUGUUUACCACGUCGCUGGGCUGGCGCCUCGACUACGAAGCCUGUCUGGCCUACCUGCUGCUGCCCCCCGCCGGCGGCGUCUUGCUGCUCAUGUUCGAGCACCAGAGCGACUAUGUGCGCUUCCAUGCGUGGCAGAGCAGUCUGCUGUUUGCCUUUGUCUUUGUCCUGCACGUCAUCUUUAGCUGGUCCAGCUUCCUCUCGUGGCUCAUGCUGGCGGGCGACCUGGCCCUGAUUGCCUGGUUGACGUGGAGGGCCUAUCUUGACGCUGCGACGCUCGAUCGAUGCGAGGUUCCUGUUUUCGGCCCGCUGGCCAGCUCCAUACUAGACGACGAGUGA